AUGAUAAUAUUUCUAAGAUCUACAAAUGAAACUUUCUGGUUUCCUUUGUAUGAAAUCAACGAUUUGAAGCCAGAUGAUCUAUUAUUCUACGGAACUUUCGAAAUAGUUUUUCUGAUUUUGGCAGGAUUUUUUGCUUUAAGAACAUGCUGGAUAAUCUUGAAAGUUCGAAUUUUCCAUCAAAAUAUGUCAAUUAUGCUAACUAGUUUAUGGAUUCUUUGGAUUGAAACAGCAAUAGCAAAACUUAUAAUUUUCCCCUAUCAAUUCAGUUUAAUUAUUUUACCAGGGAGUUCAAAUAAUAUCACUUGGUGGACUUCAAAAUACGAGAAAAUGAUGAAAAUCGAUAAUUUCGAAGAUAUUUCAAUGCUAUUUGUUGCCUCGUUUUUAUUAUGGCAUUAUUGUUAUUCAGCAUUCGUUUCAUUGUUGGUUACUUCUUUGGAGAGAAUUCUAGCGACUUAUUAUAUUGAGUAA